UCUCCUUCUCUAUCUCCUUCUUUCUUUAUUUCCUUCUCUACACGCCUUCUCCCUAACGAAACUCUUAUUUUGAAAAACCAUUUCCGCUUGUCUCUUAUUGUGAAACACCACCGGAUGUCUCAUUGUUUUGUUUUUUUUAGCUUGACGGGUCGAUCAGCUGUUGGUUGCAGUUGUCAACAUGUCGCAUUAACCGGUAACUAACCGGGUUUAACCGGGCUAACGGACGGAGAGCGGGGCUCGGUUUUGGCGGGAGAAUGGAGACGUUCAGCAAGCUAACGAGCAUGCUGCUGCACGCGCUGGAGACGAGGGAACCUACAGUGGAUCUCUUGGACUCUUUUGUGGAUCACUGGAAAUCAAUAACUAAUUAUUACAUCGAGACAACAGAUGACAGUCGUCCGGUGAAACAGACAGAGAUACCCUGGCGUCUCAAGCAGAUGUUGGACAUCCUGGUGUACGAGGAGAAACAGCAGGGUGUGGAGGAGACAGGCUCCUGUCUGGAAUAUCUGCUGCAACACAAACUAUUAGAGACUAUGUGCACACUGGGAAAAGCUCAGUAUCCUCCUGGCAUGUGUCAGCAGGUCUUGCUGUUCUUCUCUAAGUUUUUGUCUCAGAUGCAAAAAUCUCUGCUGCAGCUGAUCAACGUUUAUAGACCUUUACAGAAGCUGAUUCGUCUCUGUGCACUUCCUGGCUCCAAAACCGAGAAGGAGGAAGCUCAGUUCUUAUUGGUCGUCUGUUCCAGAGUCAAACAGGAUCCACACGUGCUCCGAUACGUCUUAGAGCUUCUGGACGAACCAGCAGUGAGGACGCCGACCUCCGACCAAUCGCAGGCCUCCAAUCACGGAGCAGAGUCGCCGCUGCCUUCCAGCCAAUCAGAUUCAUGUGCCUCCAGCCCGGUCCAAUCAGAAGACUCUACCUGCAGCCCCGUCCAAUCAGAAGCUUCCAACUGCAGCCCCGUCCAAUCAGAGUCCAGCCUGCUGUCGUGUCUGCUGCAGCUCACUAAGAGUCAGAGGGGCUCGGUGUGUCUGAAGGCCUACCAGAGCCUCCUGCUGCUGGCUGGAUCCUCAGGGGACACUCUGGCUCAUCACACCCAGCUGGGAGAGCUGCUGGCUGGGCGGCUGGUGGAGCUUUACUCCCUGCUGCCUCUGGAGGGUCUGGAUCCCACGGAGCUGCAGAGCUGGCCUCACACAGCCUGGAGCUCCCAGUUCUCCCGUUGCCGUGCAGAGUCUCCUGCUGCUGAUCACAUGACCAACUUCUUCUGCUGGCUCGACUUCCUGGAUCACCUGAUGAGAGAAGCUCCACAGGUGUUAGCGGUACAGGUAGCUCGGUGUGUCCAUCAGUGCUGGUUGGUUGACGUCCUUCAGCCUCAGCUGCAGAACACGUGUGAGCAGGUCGUCCUCCUGUCCACUUCGGUCCUCUGCUCCGCCGUCAGACUCGUCCAGUCAGCGAAUCUCCUGGAUCAGCUGAUCAGGUUUCUGCUGAGGACGAACACACUGACACACCUGCUGCUGCAGCGCUGUGACCACAUCUCUGACCAGAUCAGCAUGGUGUCUCUCUCUCUGGUGGAGGAGUUACUACAGAAGCCUCACAGGGACAUUUUGGACAUGCUGGUCCUGAGGAACCUGCAGAGUCGUAGUUACCUGUCUCCCCCCGCCGCAGGAGGUCAGGACGACAGGCACACGGAGAGCAACGAGGACAGCGAUGAUCUGGAGGAGGACCUGUUCUUCUUCUCUGACGGUCAGCCUCCUCCUCUCUGCUCCUCCUCUCCUCCUCCUCCUCCUCCUCCUCCUCCCUCUGCACACGGAUCAGCUGCUGAUGUCGUCAACAGCUUCCUGUGCCUGGUUCCUGUUCAGGUGAGAUCGGCUCAGCUGCUGCAGGAGGGAGGAUACGAGUCGUACGUGCACGACGCUCACACUCUGGUGACAGAGUGUCAGACUCUGUCUCAGUCGUGGGAUUGGCCGCUCAGUCUUCCUCCUUCCUCCUCAUCAUCAGGAGAAGAGAGCGACUUCUUUGAAGGUCAACUCCUCAAAGUUCUGUUUGACCGACUGGGACGCAUCCUGGAGCAGCCGUAUGAGUUGAACCUGAAGCUGACAGCAGUUCUGUCCAGACUUUCGUCCUUCGACCACCUGCUGCUCCACGAAUACCUGCUGAACCCCUACAUACACCUGUCUCACGGCUCCAGGUCGCUCUUCUCUGUCCUCAUCAGGGUGAUCGGAGAGCUGAUGCAGAGGAUCCAGCAUGUUUCCAACCUGACAGACAAACUGUUGGACACCAGGAGACACCUGCUGGGACUGAACCACAACACCGGACUGGAACACCUGACCCUGCUGAGAGGAGUCAUCGUCCUGGAGGAGUUCUGUAAGGAGCUCGCUGCCAUCGUCUUCGUCAAGCUUCCCCUGGACCAGCAGUGACUCUCCUGGCACAGCAGUGACUCACCUGGACCAGCAGUGACUCACCUGAACCAGUACUGACUCACCUGGACCAGUACUGACUCACCUGGACCAGCAGUGACAGGUACUUUCUCAGUAACUUUGGGCAGGUGCACAUUGACAGUUGGGGGA